AUGAUAUUUGUGUUCUGGAUAUCUCUGGGACAAAACCUCUUCACGUCUGCACCAAGCGAGCCUUGGCUUCCAUCGAAUCCAAGACAUCAAUGUAGUAUAGAUUUGACUUUUCCUGCUAAUGCAACUAUAUCAGAUAGUUCAACGUUUAAUCAUAACAUCACGAUUUCUCUCAGCGACACAGCGUCACGAAUAGCAGCAUACGAGGAUGAAAUGGAUAUGUUUAGAAGUUUUAAUCCUCAAGGCAUAGACAAGUUAUAUUCGGUGUCCUUUCGUUGGUUCGGAGCCAUAGGGAUAUUAUUGACAAUUGGUCUGGGAUCUAUCGUGAGCUUGCUGACAGAUCACCCAUCCGCAGUUGAAGUAGACGUGAGAUAUAUAUUACCUCUUGGUGACCAACUGUUUCCAUAUCUUCCCAAAAAGGCACGCAGAUAUUUAAACUUUGGUGUCGAUUUCGGAAAGCGAAGAAGAUGGCUGGAACAACAGACAGCAGGGACGAUAAAUACACAAGAAUUCUGCGGAGAGAUUAAAGUUGAAUUGGAAGAGGUCAAGGCCAACGAUGAGCUGUCAGUGUUAUCAACAGGCGGUGUCAAUGCCUUUACUGAGAAGAUUGAACGUACCAGCGACACCUCAAUCAUGUGA